UGACUUCCCUUUCUUCCCUUGAAGAAAUCUCAACAAAGAGCAUGCCUUCUUUUUAUUUUUGAACAAAGGAGAACCAUUUUCUACAGUGAAAUAUGGGGAAACCCGAUGUAUUUAGGGUGCUCCUUUUACAGAUAGCACAGGAGUUAACAUCGCGUAAUUUUGAAGAGAUGAAGUUUGCUUGCGAUGAUGCAAUUCCUGAAGGCGUUUUAGAAAAGCUUCUUCGCCCAAUUGAUCUGUUUACAGAGUUGGAACAUCGAGAUCUCUUGUCAGACACAAACAAAGGUUUCUUAGCUAAGUUAUUGCUUGAAGCUGGACGACAAAAGCUUGCUACAAAACUUUUAGGCAUAAACGAAAAAGCCUGUAAACUGAAAAGAUCCUGCAGUUUACUUCAUGGAAAGCUUCCAGGAAAAGUUCCCCACUUCCUUGGUCGUGCUCUUCUGUGUGAGGAGAUAAUUGCCCACCUUCACCAAGGCCAUGACCGUCUUGUUACGAUUACGGGACCUCCAGGGUAUGGAAAAUCAGCAGUUGCUAUCAGCAUUGGUCAUGAAAUGAUAGACCAGCAUAAGUAUAGUGUUUACUAUGUGUCCACCCGUGGUGCCUCGUCUGUUGACAGUGUUGCUUUUCAACUGCUCUACUCUAUGAGUAUUGUUUCAGGGGAUGAUCCAAUAUCCCAAGCGCAUCAUUACUUUGAAGCAUCCCACAACGAUAUCUUACUCAUAUUGGAUAAUGUGGAAGAUAUGUUAGUGCCAGAGUUAAAAAUGAGCUUUCUGAAGUUUAUAAGACUCACAGGUGAAAUGGCUCCACAUGUGAAGAUGAUUGUUACUUCCAGAGUAGCACUAAAGUUCAUUUCCUUCAAUAUGAAGAAUGUUCCAAUUCCUGCAUUAAACAAGAGAGAAGCAGCUCAGUUGAUACGUAUAUUUGCACCCCAAGAGAUCACUAAUUCUCAUGCUGAGUUGUUGGGUCAGCAUUGUAAAGGAAUUCCAUUACUAAUUCGAGCUGUAGCAUCAUUGCUUGAGACUAAUGUUGAUCCUGAAUUGUUAAUUCAAGAGUUUCAACGCUCACCAGGGACAACUCUCAAGGGUAUUGGUUGCGUAGGAAUGCCACCUGAGUCUGACUUGUAUCCAUGUUUGAAGAUCUGUUUUGAAAGGCUGUCUGCAGAGUUACAACGUCACCUUGUUGCAUUAUCAGUGUUUCCCUCGUCUUUCAAAAUUUCGGACACAAGUUGCGUACUCCGUGAUAUCUCAGACCUGCAACGACAAAUCGUCAUCACUCAACUUGUUGAUAAUUCCUUUGUCAGACCGGAUACCGAAGGCCGAAGCUUUUAUGCCGUCCAUAGCAUUGUCCAAAUUUUCUGCCAGGAACUCCUUAAGGAAAGCAAGGAACUGAAAGAAUUUUAUGACGCUGCUUGCAACAACUUUAAUUUGUACUUUUUGUCUUUUUUACAUGAUUUGAAUGAGAAAUUUUAUCGAACUGGUGAUGAACUUAAAACUGCCAUGAUUGCCUUUGAAUGCAACAAGAAUAAUAUUUUUCGUGCACUUGAGAGUGCAAUUCAUGGAAAUACGCUGGUAAAAUAUGUAGCGGAUCUACUAAACUCUUCGUUCAAGUUCUUCACUGUGAGAUUAUCGUCAGAUGAAUUUCGACGUCUCUAUAGAAGUUUGCUUGAUGUUUUUGACAACCCUAAGGACAAGAAACGUUAUUGUCACUCUUUAGUUUCCCUGGCUUUUCACCAAUUCUGGGUCAUGUGUUCUUGUCAUCGACCUUGUCCGAAAGCUACCAAGAUGUUUAAAGAGGCUUACAAGAUGCAGAAAAAUCUGGGACUUACCAAGAGUGAACAAUAUGCGGAAUGUUUGAGUAAAAUAGCAAGAGCAAAUGCGUUUGAUGGAGAUUUAGCUACAUCUGUUGCAAUGGUUGAUGAAGCAAAUACAAUUGUUGAAGAAAUUGGAUGUAGUAACCUUGCAAAGAUGUCAGUGAUUAAUGAUUAUGCAGCUGUGUACAGCUUCAAGGAGCACCACAAGACUGCCAUCAAGCUACGAGAAGGAUUCCUUCCGACAGCUAAGGAGUUUUUGACAGAUCAUCCUUCAGUUGGUACUCUCUAUGAAGAGCUGGGUAGCUCUUACGAGGCACUGGGUGAUGCCCAGAAAUCUAUGGAAUGUAGAAAAGAAGCAAUAAGGAUCUUUGGAGGAUUUCUGGGUGACCAUAAGUUCACAGCUACCUCCUAUCUUGGUUUGGGAACCACUUUGAAAUCUCAAGGUAACUACGAAGAAGCCCUCGUAGUUCUUCGAAAGGCGCUGGACAUUCAACGUAAAACCAUCGGGCCACACGUGGAAACGGUGAUCACUAGUCAAGAAAUUGAGAAAGUUCUUGAGAAACUAGGACGGAAAAAUGAAGCAAAAGAAGCAGCAAGGUUUUCUGAUAAACUCAUGGCUGACCAGAAACGAAUUGAGAGAGCAAUGGAAGAUUUUGAAAUUUGAAAUAUCCGUGGAAAAAAGCGAUGAUUAUCAUCCAGAAAGCACUUGGACUAAUAAUUGAAGGUUUUGUAAAAGAAGAUAUAAUUAUCAGACAGAGCACAAGGCGUUUUUAGUUAUAGAUUUACAUAGGCCUGACAUUCUGACAUCUUUUUAGUGUUUUUUGUUUAAGUCUUAUCAUGCACGCACCUCCGUGAACCUAGCGACUACUACCAGAUUUCUCGAACUCAAAUAUGGAUUUCGUAUUAUCUUUGUUGCAUUACCGGUUGAUGCUAAUGAAAUGUGUUUGAAAAAUGUGCUGAUCGUAUAUGUUUUUAACGUGAAGAAAAAUCCAAAUUUUGCUGCUUAUUUUUCAUUAGCGAUCGAUGAAUGUGCCUCCGUGCAUAUCAUGUGCUAGGUGGAUCAAACACAACAGUCGUAGAUUGUAGAAAGCAAGCAUUGCAAUUAAACAAGUUUAUGUGAAUGGUUAUAAUAGGUAACUUACGUGUAAUUUAGUUUCCCCAAUAAAACUAAAUGU